AUGCUCUUCAAGUCGCUAGCGGGCCUUGUGCUGGCCGCUGCGGCGGUCGCCAAGGACGUCACAUACUACUGGGACAUCGGCUAUGUCACAGCUAACCCAGACGGUAAGCUGGAGCGUCAAGUCAUUGGCGUCAACGGUGUAUGGCCGCCGCCACCCCUGCACGUGUCGCUGAACGACACACUGGUUAUUGAGACACGCAACUCGCUGGACACGCCGACCACGCUGCACGCUCACGGCAUGUAUCAGAACGGCACCAACUACAUGGACGGACCGUACAUGGUCACGCAGUGCGGUAUCCCCCCUGGCGGCAACAUGACCUACCGUAUUCCGAUUAUCCAGACCGGUACGUACUGGAUUCACGCGCAUUUCAGCGCGCAGUACGUCGAUGGUAUCCGCGCACCGCUGAUUCUGCACAACCCCGAGGAGCCGCAUAAGUACGACGAGGACGUGGUUCUGACGCUCGAAGACUGGUACCAUGACGGUGCUGCGGGCCUGCUGAAGGACUUUUUGAGCUGGAAGAACCCCGGUGGCGCUGAGCCCGUUCCCAACGGCGCGCUGAUCGGCAGAGUCGGCGGCGAUGAGCUGUAUAAGCUCAAAUUUACGCCUGGCAAGACGUACCGUAUCCGCCUGAUCAACAUGUCUGCGCUGUCCAUGUUCCAUUUCUCGAUCGAGGGCCACAAAAUGCGUGUCAUCGAGGUUGACGGUGUUGACACCGAAGAGCACGAGGUCGGCAACGUCAUUCUGUCUGUCGCCCAGCGCACAUCGAUUUUGGUGACUGCCCUGGAGACGGCGGAUAACAACUUUAUCUUCCACGCCGACAUGGACACUGACAUGUUUGAUUCCCUCCCCGAUGACCUCAACUACAACUCGACCGGUAUCAUUGAGUACGCUGCUGAUGCGCCCAUCAAGCGCGACGACGAGAUCGACUGGUCGCCGUUCAGAGACAUUGAUCUGGUGCCGUACAAGAAGGAGGCUGCUCUGGGCUUUGAUGUCACCUACAACCUGGACGUGUACUUCAACCAGUACACUGACGCGCUGAACCAUGGUACGUUCAACAACAUCACCUACGUCAUGCCCAAGGUGCCCUCGAUGUUCACGGCGCUGACUGCCGACGAGGACAUCUUCAACCCCGCCAUUUACGGCCCGCAGACAAAUGCGCAUGUCGUCAAGCACAUGCAGGAAGUUCAGCUUAUUGUCAACAACUUUGAUGCCGGUAAUCACCCCUUCCACCUGCACGGUCACCACUUCCAGCUGAUCGAGCGCGGCCCGGCGCCCUAUGACUCGACGUACAACCCACGUCCCAAGACCGCUCCCAGCCGUCGCGACACUGUCACCAUUCCGAGCAUGGAGUAUGUUGUGUUGCGCUUCCGUGCCGACAACCCGGGAGCAUGGCUGUUCCAUUGCCAUAUUGAGUGGCAUAUUGAGGGCGGCCUCAAUAUGGUCAUCAUUGAGGCCCCCGAUCUCAUGCAGGAGCGCAUCAAGGUGCCGCAGCAGAUCAUUGACCAGUGCGCUUUGGCUGGUAUCCCGACCUCGGGAAAUGCCGCCGGUCGCAGCGGACUCGAUCUGGAGGGCGCGCCCGAUGGUCCCUACCUGUACCCUCUAGGCUGGACGAGCAAGGCGAAGGGUGCCCUGGCGGGCUGCAUUUUGUCUGCCAUCGUGGGCUUUGUAACCAUCGUCUGCUCGCAGCGUACAUACAAAUCGGUGCCCACCUCUGAGCAGGAUGUGCACCAGCCUUCGGGUGAACUCAAUUACAGCCGCGAUUAG